CCAGAGAUGACACCAACACACGAGAUACUGCCAUGGCAGUUUUUCAACUUUGAGUUCAUACGCGUGCUGUCCAUGGCGCCCAUGCACGGUGCAGAAGUGGGUGAGUGUCUGGUGGCGGCGCCCAAGAUCAAGAAGAACGAUCCGGAGAGCUGGUACCAGGCGUGGACGGAGGCGGCCGAGCUGGCUGAGGAGGCGGCACGGACUGCACUCGCGUGUGGUGAUAGGGAAGCGGCGAAGUGCGCCUUUUUGAGGGCAUCCAAUUACAGGCGAGCGAGUGAAUAUAUGCUCCACGUCAACCCAUAUGACAGUAGGCUACUGGGAAUCAUGGAAAAAUCAGUGUUGAACUUCCGUAACGCGUGCUCUCUCUUCGACAACGCUGUUGAGACGUUCGAAAUCCCCUACAAGAACACCAAGCUUCCCGGUUACAUGUAUCUGCCGUCUCCGGCUGGCAAGAGACCAGAAGCAAGUGGCUUUGGGGAGGGGAAAGUGCCCCUGCUUAUUGCCAUGAACGGAUUCGACUCUACGCAAGAAGAGCUGUACUUCUUCAUCGCGUCAGGAUCUGCGCAGCGAGGCUACGCGGUCAUGACCUUUGAUGGACCGGGACAAGGCAUCGUGCUGCGACGACCAGGCCAGCCUCCCAUCCGCAGGGACUGGGAAGUUGUCGUCUCUUCUGUUCUCGACCAUCUUUGGAAGCUCGUCGCCGAACAUCCAGAAUGGAAUAUUGAUCUCGGCAAAGUGGCCAUUAUGGGCAUGGCCAUGGGCGCCUACUUCGCUCUCCGGGGCGCGACCGAUCCCCGGAUAAAAGCCUGCAUCUCUUGUGACGGAUUCUACGAUUUCGGUCCUCAGGUCCGCUCGCGUUCGCCCUUUUUCCUCAAGUACUUGUCCGAUAGCCAGGCCGAUGCCGUGCUGAGCUGGGCUGCCGGCUUCAACAUGCAGCACCAGCUCGAGUUUGGCCAUCUCCGCAUGGUCUUUGGCGUCGACUCGUGCGUCGAGGCCCUGCGCAAGCUGGCCGAAAUCUCUCUGGAGCCGCCGGGCGAAGAGCCCAUUUGUGCCAGAGUGAAAUGUCCCGUCAUGGUCACGAGCGCUCGGGAUUCCAUCUACACCAUCGAGCCGCACCUGACCUACCAGAAAUUAGCCGAAUUUAGGGGCGGCGAGGAGGGACUGACAUUGUGGGAUCCUGUAGGACCCGGGCAGGGCUCGCUGCAGGCCAAGGUGGGGGCAAUUACAAGCUUCCAGAUGAAGGUUUUCUCGUGGAUGGAUGAAGUGUUUGGGAUUCAAAGAGAGCCAAUUAAGAAUCACCCUAUUUAA